AUGACAGGUCGUCGUUCAUCAACAGUACAAAAAAGUACAAAAUCACCAUCACCAAUGAGAACAGUACCUGUCAAUACUCCAACAAAUGUAUCUGUAAAAACUUUUAUUCAAUCAUGUCCUUAUCGUAUUGAAAAUAUUGAUCGUAAUGCUAUUAUCAAACGUCAAGAUAUGGAAGCUUCUUUAAAACGUCUAUCCAUACGUGAUGAUGUUUACGGUGUAAUUGUAACAACAAUUGAUGGUCAUAUUCUUUAUGAAUGUGAAACUUUAAAAAAUUGGAUUCCGAAUUUAGCAUCUCUAUGUUCAUUUGCUCGUCAUCUUGUUCGUACUAAUGAUCCAGAUGAUAAUAUUUUAGCACUUCGUUUAAGAACAAAAACUUAUGAAAUAAUAAUUACUGUACAUAAUGAACAAUUAUUAAUUGUUAUGCAAAUGUUAUCUAUUAAAAAUAAUAACAAUGAUGCUAUUGUCGAAGAAGAUUGGGAAACAUUUCUUCAGAGAAUACAACAACAAAAAGAUAAAAAUUGA